UGGAACGAAAGUACUGCAUAAGUCCUUAGCAGGACUGAAGGUUCUGUUUUACCUGUCACCAAGUGGAGGAAAGAAACUCAGCAGGCAUUACUAAACAAGGUCAAAGGAAGUGCACUGGGUUCUUAAAGAAGAUGGAAGUGGUGGAUCUCCCCAACGGUCCUCUUGAUGCUUACAGGAGCAGAGCCUCCUUCAGCUGGAAGGAGAUGCUCCACUUCAUCGAAAGAGAGGAAAUUCUGCAGUUCAAGCAACACGUGUUCAAGACUCUGGAAAAUGAUCCCCUGUUUGCCCGUCAGCCUGGAGAGGACAUCUCUAUAGAGAAAAAGAGAGAACUCAAUUUCCUCAGGGUGAAGCAGCUAUUUCGCUACAACUUCCUAACCAAAGAAGAAAUGAUGGCGAACCCGUGGAAGGCUGUUAUCCUGGAAGACUGUCUCGGCAUGUACGACUGGGCUAUGGUUGCCAAGUACGGUCUUAACAAAGGGAUGUUUGGAGGAACCAUCGCCAGUUCAGGGUCGGAGAGACACGGCAAAUAUGUUAAGGACACAGAAGACAUGGCAACUUUUGGAUGCUUUGCGCUUACGGAGCUGAGCCACGGUAGCAACACCCGAGCCAUGAGAACCACAGCCACAUAUGACCCUUCCUCCCAGGAGUUUAUCAUCAAUUCUCCAGACUUUGAGGCUGCAAAGUUCUGGGUUGGAAACAUGGGGAAGACUGCCACCCACGCUAUAGUUUUUGCUCAGCUCUACACACCUGACCAGAUUUGCCGUGGUCUGCACUCUUUUAUUGUCCCGGUGAGAGACCCAAAAACCCUUUUGGCUCUACCCGGUGUACUAGUUGGAGAUAUGGGGAAGAAAUUAGGCCAGAAUGGACUGGAUAAUGGGUUUGCAAUGUUUCAUAAUGUAAGAAUUCCAAGGGAAAACCUUCUCAACCGGACAGGGGACGUGACCCCUGAGGGAUACUAUGUGACACCCUUUAAGGACCCUAACAAGCGUUUCGGAGCCUCUUUGGGGGCCCUUUCAGGAGGUCGAAUUUACAUCACUAGGAUGGCCCUCAUCAACUUGAAGCUCGCUGUUACUGUGGCAAUUCGAUUCUCCGCCACGAGAAAACAGUUUGGACCAAGCGACACAGAAGAGAUUCCAGUUCUGGAGUACCAGUUACAGCAGUGGCGCCUGAUCCCGUAUCUGGCAGCAGCAUAUGCCCUCGAACACUUUUCCAAAACCAUCUUCAUGAACUUUGUUGAGUUCCAGAUUGGACAAAUGAUGAGGGACAAAAGUGACAGACAAGCAGAGAUGGGAAGAGAGAUUCAUGCCAUCGGCUGCGCCAGUAAACCACUGGGUUCUUGGACUGCACAGAGGGGCAUCCAGGAGUGCAGGGAAGCCUGUGGCGGACACGGAUACCUUGCCAUGAACCGACUGGGUGACCUGCGUGAUGAUAAUGACCCAAACUGCACAUAUGAAGGAGACAACAACGUGUUGCUCCAACAGACCAGCAACUACCUUCUCAGCUUGUUCCAUGGCAAACUCCAUAAGGGUGUUCGGAUUCAGUCUCCCUUUCACACUGUGGACUUUUUGGAAAAUCAUGCAAAGGUCCUGGGAAGCAAGUUUACAGCAACAACGAUAGAGGACUGUAUGGACCCAGAAGUGCCUUUAGCUGCCUUCAUGUGGCUCAUCUGUUUCCUGCUUGAGGAGAGUCAGAAGAGGUUGGAACAUCAGAGAACCUUAGGAAAGGGCGAGUUCGAUGCCCGCAACAACAGCCAGGUAUACUACUGCAGGUCCUUGGCUAUCACCUACAUCGAACACUGCUGCCUCCAGAGAUUUUAUCAACUAACCACUGAUCAAGACACGCCCACUGGCCUCAAACCAGUACUAAGAAAACUAUGCGCCCUGUAUGGACUGUGGAGUCUCAGCAACCACAUGGCAACAUUGUUCCAGGGUAACUAUAUGUCUGGAAGGAAACCUGCAGAGUUGGUCCAGUUGACCAUCCUCAGACUCUGCUCAGAGCUCAAGAAUGAUGCUGUGGCUUUAGUGGAUGUUUUGGCCCCGACAGAUUUCAUCCUCAACUCCCCUAUUGCCAAUGCUGAUGGAGAGCUAUACAAGAACCUGUGGUCAGCAGUGAUGCAAGGCAGCCAGGUGCUGGAGCGCCCCUCCUGGUGGAAAGAGUUCUGCUCAAAUAAACCAGUUGUUGGAUCCCUUCAUUCUAAGCUUUAGACCUGAACAAUGCAGAAAAGGAGGUGAUUUGCAUUCAGCCUCAAUAUGUUUACCAAGAAUAGGAGCUGUUAUCUAACAGAACACACUGGCAGUGCAAUUAUGUUUAAAUUACUGAAUGGCCAUUUAUUUAGUGCUGAUAAACAAAUAAAAACCAAGAUUUUGCUAAGCCAGGGGAUUUUUCAUAUCCCACUUCUAAUAUUACACAGUUAUCUUUUUUAAUCUUUUAUUUCUUGUAUUAUAAAUUUAACAUUAUAUGGGAUAAAUAUGUUUAGAUGACUUAAACAGGCAGAAAACAGUUGCAUUAUAUUAACUUACAAUCUUGUCACGUUUUUAUUCAAUGGUUUUAAAAUGAUACGGGCAAUGUAAGGUAUACGUGAGCAAAGAUAUUAACCAAGUUAAGGUCUAUGGAAUUCCAUAUCGAAUGUUGAAAUGGUUUAUUUAGGUUUUGCAAAUUGCCGCUGACAUCAGUAGAAGUUAGUAUUUAGCAUUUUAGAUUACUAAUACUUGCAGGGAGCCUAACCGUUGGGAACAAGGAGGGACAUCUAUUUUUUACCUUAAAUAAUGACAAUUACAGGGUUACAAGUCAAUUGAAGUAAAUGCACCCGAGAAGCCGAUCAUCAUCAGUGAGAAAUCCAAAAAAGCAAAUACUUUCAUUCCACUGAGAAGUUGGUUUUCUGAUUGGGAGUCCAAAAAGGUAAAAAAAUAAAUAAAAAAAACACAAUCUUUGAAAAGAAAAAUAAUUUCUGCCUAUCUCAAUAAUCAAUGAAAAAAAACUCUACUUACAUUACAAAAUUUACGCCUCUUGACUACAGAGCAGCGUCUUGCAGGUCUCUGCUGGUAUUUGGAUUUAUCUGGUGGUCAGCUUGCAAUUUUAUUCAACGGUGAAAGGCCUCGUUUCAUCUUUAGCUCCACAUAUUGUCUGUUAGGGCUUUUGUAGAUUAAUAAAUAAUGAUAAUGUGGCCACAGAGGAGUACAUUUCCAUCCAAAAUCACAGAAAUUACUAGAUUAAUUUACUUUAUUUUAAAAAAAGCUUGGUUUCUCUCCGUUGUAAAACAGUAAUUAAUUUGCAAGAAAAACAUGAUAAUUUUCCAUUAUUAAAUGCAUUAAUUUAAGAUAUUAAAACUAAGAUAUCAUGACCUUGUGAAGUCAGAAAUUUGCAUAAAAAAUCUCACAGGUUUUCUGAGAAUAUAAAGCUAAACAAAUGCAACAAUAAAUGCCAGACGUCCUUAAAGACUGAAGAGGUAAAUUAAUGAGAUGCACAUCUGGAUAUUUUCUAAAGGGUAGAUCUGGGCUCUUUUCCUGUACCAGAACGACCUCUCCUGGGCACAGACUCACCAUGAGCGAGAUCAGGAAUAUACACAGCGGCAUGUCUGUAUCGAGUUGCAUCAUCCACUUUGAAAAAUAUCCACAUCCACAUCUCCUUAAUUUAGCAUCUAAAUCUUGGAAGACUUCUGGCAUUGUUUUCACUAAUCUCUGACUUUAUGACGCCAGAGAAGAUCCUAGUUUGAACAUCAUAAAUUUUUGCUUUUAUCAUUGAAAUUAUCCCCUUUUUUUUGGAAAUCUAUACAGCUUUUCGACAUCAGAGAAAAUCAAAGUUUGUUUUUCUUGUAAAUAUGUGAACUUAUCUGGAAAUUUCUGAUUCUUUUGGCGGAACGUUACUCUUCCGGGGCCACAUUAUCGUUUUUAUCUACAGUGUCCCUAUUGCUAAUAAUACCAUUUAUUAGUUUUACCAUUUAUGAUGCUGUCUCCUGUGCAUAUAAGAACAUAUAUUACUCUUAGGCAAGUAGGACAACAGGCAGUAUCUUGAUUAAAAAGCAGCCUAUAUUUUGCGUACAUCAGAAGGAGAGGCUGUAUUUAGGAGCAAUGCAGCUGCUCUAUGGUCAUAGGAAAUGUCAAGAGCAACAGCUGCUGACAAUCCUGCCAAAAAUGUGUUUGUUUCAUCCUUUAACGCUAAGCUUCGAGCCAUCUGCCAACUGAAGGGCUUCAUUUAGAAAAAUCAUUUGACCUAAAAGGUAUUAAACUGUUUAAAUGGGGGAGGGCUCUUUAAAGUGAAAAAAACUAUAUUAAGGUGAAAAGCUAUUCUGAAAAAAGAUUGAAAGAUUAAAAAAAAUUCAACACAAGAGUAAAAAAACUGAACUGAAUUUAAUCCCUCCUAAAAUUAAAAGGAACUUUACUUUCUUAAAAAAAUAUAUAUUUUUUAUUUUAAAUAUGUUAUUUUUUUUCUGUAUUUUAAAAUUUAAGAUCAAACUUUGACUUUCAGUUUCAGCUCUUUGUUUUGUUUUGUUUUGUUGUUCUCCCAAAUUUCUCGUGAACCGACUAAUGGAGCCUACAGAGGCAACUGUGGUAAAGACAGAAAGAUUUUACACAUUGGGUAAUUGUAAGGGCAUGAAUGACAAAGAAAAAUUAUUUAACCUUUAAACUUGCACAAUAUUCCUUAAAACUCCAGACCAGGGAGAUGAACCAUGCCACAAUGCAGACACUGAUUAUCUGCCUAUUUCAAAGUGCCUUUCCAGCAAUAUGGAAACAUUAGUAUUUCUUUUUUUUUACUGCCAGGACCGAGACAUACACAGCAGAACAUAACAGAUAAUGGCUCAUAAUCAGUACUGAGUCCAACGUCCCACAGUAAAACAGAGAAUAGUCUGUGUCAACAUGAGAAUGAUGCUGUCUGCUACUUUUGCAUCCCUCCUCCAUCACUGCUGAAUCACUUCACCAGGCCUCUGCAGAGCUGAAUGACUGAGUGAUGGUCAGGGGGUUCAGUCGUUUGAUUGUGUGUAAAAUAGUUUGUCAGAUUAAAAGCACCUUUUAAACAUACUUUUUAUACAAUUCUGUAUAUUUUAAUAAAUGUAUUUUAAUAAAUGGCAUGUUGUCAUGACGAUGUAAGCAGAAAAUCAUAAUUAACACAAAUAAAGGCUUUAAAACAUCG